AUGGUAAGGCCUCCUUGCUGCGACAAGCUGAACCUUAAAAGGGGUCUCUGGACUGAAGAGGAAGAUGCAAAGAUACUUGCACAUGUCUCAAAACAUGGCACAGGAAACUGGACUGCUGUUCCUAAAAAAGCAGGACUUAAGAGAUGUGGGAAGAGCUGCAGGCUAAGGUGGACUAACUACCUGAGGCCUGAUCUUAAGCAUGACAGCUUCACACCCCAAGAAGAGGAGAUGAUUGUCAGGCUUCAUUCUGCCAUUGGUAGCAGGCCAGUUAGUUUGCGUUGGAGUUUCAUGUUGCUAGUGCGCAUGCAUGCACUUGAUCACCCCGAGCCAGAGCCCAAGCCCAAUAUCAAGUCGAGUAGGGGUAGUAUCUGUUCGGUUGAUAUCGGUAGGGGUUUUUUGGCCUACUGA